AUGGCUCUUGGAUUCUUCGCUCUCGCUAUUUUUCUCUUUCUCACUCUCGAUCCCGAUGUUUCUCCUUCUUCCACCGCUUCUGCUUCCGCUGCAUCCUCAGAGGGCGUCGAGGUUCAGAUUACUUAUGGUUCGGUUAUAAAGCUAAUGCAUGAGAAGACGAAAUUUAGGUUGCAUUCUCAUGAUGUGCCCUAUGGUUCUGGCAGUGGACAGCAAUCUGUUACUGGUUUUCCUACUGUUGAUGACGCCAACAGUUACUGGAUUGUUAGGCCUGAGCCAGGAACUUCAGCUAAACAAGGCGACACCAUUAAAAGUGGCACAAUUGUUAGAUUUCAGCACAUGAGGACAAGGAAGUGGUUGCACAGCCAUUUGCAUGCCUCCCCAAUAUCAGGCAAUCUCGAGGUGAGCUGCUUUGGUGGAGAGAAUGAUUCUGACACUGGGGACUAUUGGAGGCUUUUUAUAGAAGGAAGUGGAAAGACUUGGAAGCAGGAUCAAAAGAUUCGGCUUCAGCAUGUUGACACUUUAGGCUAUCUACAUAGUCAUGAUAAGAAAUACAGUCGGAUUGCUGGGGGACAGCAGGAGGUUUGUGGUGUUCGUGAAAAGCGCGCCGACAAUAUCUGGUUGGCAGCUGAAGGUGUCUACCUUCCUGUUACUGAAAGCAAACAAGUUGAGUAG